CCCGGCGGGGGUCUGAGCAGCGCCAGAGCGAUAGCGGUAGCCGUAGCGGAUCGUGCGCUCCCGUCCUCUCCAGUCUUCUCCCGCUCGGCUCUGACACCUGCAGCUCCGGCGCUCUCACUGAUCCCGGAGUCCUUGUCCUCAGUCCUGUGUCCCCACUCGGAACCAUGGGCCGUCAGAAGGAGCUAGUGUCGCGCUGCGGGGAUCUGCUCCGGAUCCGGUAUCGGCUGCUGCGCCAGGCCCUCGCGGAAUGCCUCGGGACACUCAUCCUGGUGAUGUUCGGUUGUGGCUCGGUGGCCCAGGUUGUGCUGAGCAGAGGAACCCAUGGUGGCUUUCUUACCAUCAACCUAGCCUUUGGCUUUGCAGUGACUCUUGGUAUCCUUAUUGCUGGCCAAGUGUCUGGUGCCCACCUGAAUCCAGCUGUGACCUUUGCUAUGUGCCUCCUGGCCAGGGAGCCCUGGAUCAAGCUACCCAUCUAUGCACUGGCCCAGACAUUGGGAGCCUUCCUAGGGUCUGGGAUUGUCUUUGGACUGUACUAUGAUGCAAUUUGGAGCUUUGCUGAUAACGAGCUUGUUGUCUCUGGCCCCAACGGCACUGCUGGCAUCUUUGCCACCUAUCCUUCUGGCCACUUGAACAUGGUCAAUGGCUUCUUUGACCAGUUCAUUGGCACAGCAGCACUUAUCAUCUGUGUGCUGGCUAUCGUGGAUCCCCAUAACAACCCAGUUCCUCGAGGUCUUGAAGCCUUUACUGUUGGCUUUGUGGUUCUGGUCAUCGGUACAUCGAUGGGCUUCAACUCUGGUUAUGCUGUUAACCCAGCUCGAGAUUUUGGUCCCCGCCUCUUCACUGCCAUUGCUGGUUGGGGUACUGAGGUCUUUACAACUGGUAGGUACUGGUGGUGGGUCCCCAUCGUCUCGCCGCUUCUUGGUGCCGUGGCUGGAAUUUUGGUCUAUCAGCUCAUGAUUGGGUUCCACCUGGAGUCUCCACCUCCUUCCACAGAGGAGGAGAAUGUCAAGCUGGCUCACAUGAAGCACAAAGAACAGAUCUGAGUGGGGAGCCACAGCUUCCUCUCCCUCCAGGAUCCCCACUCCUUCCCCCAGGAACUGACAUUGAUAGAACUGUGCAGGAGAUAUACCCCAUCGCCUCCACCUCUCUGGUGCCCGUUCCUCCAACUCCUCUAGCCCAGGAAGACCCCUUCCUCAGGGCUAUGCUUAGCAAGAAUGCUACCCCAAAUCCCCAAAGCCCCUCCAACCUCUCUCCCCACACGAAGGCUUAUGAAUCCUUGGGAAUCCUGCUCCUGGCACGUGUGGAUUUUCACUGGAUGCUGGACGGAAGCCAUGCCCCGAGAUUGGUGCCAGAAAUAAUAAAUCACUUUGAGCUCUCGGAAGGUUCCCCAGAGAGAGAAGGAGAGGAAAAGGCAACAACUCCCUGUCAUGGGGUAGCUAGAGGCAGCCACUAGCAGUGGAACCCAGAUGGGAAAGGGUCCAGGGAGAGAAGCAAGCAUAGAUGUGAAGGUGGGCAGAUAGCCAAGUCCGUCCUACUGGGCAUUCAUGGUGAUAUCCUGUGAGUGAUUGUGGACAUCUGUUCUGUGUCUGGGAGCAUCGCAUAUAGAAGUCCUAGAGAGGAGAGACCCAGAAGGAGAGGAUCUUGCUAGACUUUGGGGAUGGGGAGUCUGGGAGAGGCAUCAAUUUACCUAGGGGGUAUCUGUUUUGAGGGGAAACUCCUGACUUGGGGUUCAGAGCUGUGCACACAGGCAGAAGCCCUUUGCAUGUUCCCAGCCUGCACCAUGGACCCUAGGGGUGGGUGCUAAGUACAGGUCUACGUUUCAUUUUGGCAGAUGUUACAGCUGGGGUUGGGGGCCUUCCUUCCUUGUCCCUUGCUCCCUGGUGUCCUCCUUCCCUCCGGGCAUUCCCAGGAUGGGUCGCUGAGGCUGCCAAUUCCAUAAAUACUCCUUAUUCACUGUGUGGAUACCCCCACCCCAAUACAAUCUUUCUUGUAUUUUUUAAAAUAAAGACAUUUACACAGAAA